AUGCUUCGCACUAAAAUACAUAUAGCUAUUAGCGCUUUCGGUGCAUUCCUUGGGUUAUCGGCGUUUAUAUGUUUUUGCAUUGUUUACGCAAAUAUUGAAGCUGGAAUGUGGGCGUUAUUGUCUGGUGUCCAUGCGGCGUUAACUUUGAUGUUGCACUGCCAUUAUCUGAAAGAAUCAUUGCAUGUAAACUUCUCAAGAAAGGCUCUACAGUAUAUUGGUGAUUUUGGAAUAGUUGGAUUUAUAUCUGGAUUGGCAUUAACUUUAUUUUAUCUUUUCUUGGAGAUUUACUACAAAGCAGAUAUACUUCCAAUAAAGACCAGUAUUGUUAUAAGACUUGUCUGGUCCUUUAUGAUGAUGAAAUGGGGAUUAAUUCUAUAUGUCUUCACAAAGAAGUACCUGCGUACUUAUAACGAUCAUCAGCUAUUUUCAGAGAACCCUAAUAUUGAAGAAACAUAA